CGCAAGGGUAUUUUGCGUUUUAUAACCCCCACAAAUUUCUCAAGGAUCCAGGUUGCCAGUCCAUUUGUCAAGACUGAAGGAGCUAGUGCCAAACAAAAUUAUUGCCAAGAAAAGAAAGAAUCGUCCCUUCGUUUUGAGAAAAGAUCCAAUUUUUGUAGCUAACUAGCUGGGUUUGCUCUGGGCUCUAUCGAGGAAGGAAUCGAAGAAGAGAAAAGAUGCAAGCGAGUUGCGCGGUGUUGAAUUCCCCGACAUAUUCAUGCUAUACUUGCCAACAACAACACCAGCAGCGAACCCUAGAACCCUCCUCCUGCUCAUCUUCCUAUCCUCCACCUCCUCAUAUCAAGGUUUCUAGUUUCUUGAACGGUGGGCUAUGGUCGUCAAGAAGGCAGAAUCAGUUGGGGGGCAGCACGUGGCGUUCUGUUCAGAUUAAUUCGCCCCAUGAUUCCCGAAAACCAGUUGUAAAAGCUGUUGCUACUCCGGAUUCAGCUAUUGAAUUGCCCCUCACCGCUGAAAAUGUUGAGAGCGUGUUGGAUGAAAUCCGUCCCUACCUAAUUGCAGAUGGGGGUAAUGUGGCAUUACAUGAGAUUGAUGGCAAUGUUGUCAAGCUCAAGCUACAGGGAGCAUGCGGUUCUUGUCCAAGCUCUGUAAUGACAAUGAAAAUGGGCAUUGAACGUCGACUAAUGGAAAAGAUCCCUGAAGUUGUUGCUGUUGAAUCAAUACCAGAUGAGGAAACAGGCCUUGAGUUGAACGAAGAAAAUGUAGAAAAGGUCCUCGAAGAAAUAAGACCCUACCUUGUUGGUGCUGCUGGUGGAAGUUUGGAACUAGUCAGAAUUGAGGAGCCGAUAGCGAAGGUCCGGAUAACUGGUCCUGCGGCAGGUGUGAUGACUGUUCGUGUUGCAGUGACUCAGAAACUACGAGAAAAAAUCCCAGCCAUUGCAGCCGUACAGCUAUUGCAGUAGAUGUUUACGUUUAUUAUACAGCUACAUGAGAGGUUUAUUCAUCAAAACUUGAACGCUUUUUGUGCUCCCAGAGUCGAAUGUUGUUGGACAGCCAAAGUAUGAAAUGUUGAAUUAUUAUAAGUAUUAAAAAGACUAGCAUGAUCUAUACGGAUGCUUUGACAUUUGCGCCGCCCUGGGAAACUACUACGUUCUGUACAGCCCCGACCUUAUUAGAUCGCAAUGUUUACUUUUAGCAACAGUUUCAAGUAAUUGAAUAUACAGAAAUUUAUUUGAGGAGAUUUGUGAUCAUUUUACGUGUUGUAUUACAAACUUGAGUUCGUUUA